AUGCAAGGAAGUAUCCAGUAUCAUGGAACAUGUGGUUCUCCAUGUAUUGGCCGCAGUCUAAAUACCGAUAUUAAACCAAUAUGUUUAUGUCAAUUAGGACGGAUAGAAACUCAAUGUUAUGUACCAUUUCAGAUAUGUGAUGAGUACCCGUGUCAAAAUGGUGCGACAUGUGACAGUUGUGAAUAUUAUUCAUCUCAAAUUCAUAUUGCAAUUGAUGACGACAGCGACAUUCUUCAACGAUCACCAUCUAUUCUCAUUCAUUUAAUUACAUUACAUGAUAACAGGGAACAUUUGCACACAUUAUAUUUUAAACAUAUUUCAUUAUAUCAAUACAAUUUGACAGUUUAUCAUCCGGCUCAAUUUCUACCACAAAUGGGUUUCAUUCAAACGUUUAGCGAUACUGAUGGCACGAGUACAAAAUAUUAUUUGUCUAUGUUGCUUCUUCAGCAGCCUGUAAAUGAAAAGUUAGUAUAUGUUCAACCAACUGAACGAUGUCAUCAUAUUCGGGAAUUAUUUAAUCAUACAAUUAUUUCAUAUCAUAAAUUAAAACGAACAAAAUAUUAUUAUCAACUCUGUUCCAACGCAACACUGCCAACUUUUGCAUGUUUUUAUGAUGAUGAUGAUCAGAUGUGUUUUUGUAAUCAAUAUCAACAGCUUGAUUGUUUUUAUUUUAAACAUAAUCGAACCGAAUGUCGUUUAGGUAUUAAUUAUUGUGAAAAUAAUGGAAAAUGUCUACAAGAUGGUCAAUGA